AUGAAACCUUUCCUUGUACUAGCACUCUGCUGUAGUUUUUUCUCUAGCAGAGCCUCCCCACUUCCAUUUGAGUUUCUGGACUGUGAUGAUCCUGAUGUCUUUAAAGCUGUGGACACGGCACUGAAGAAAUACAAUGGAGAAAGAGCAACUGGUAAUCAAUUUGCUCUAUACGUGGUGACGGAAGCCAAGAGAACUGAGGGUCCCGACACACAAUUCUAUGUGAAAUAUCGAAUACGAGAAACCACUUGUGACAUCGCGGAAAACAAACUUUGGCAAGACUGUGAUUACAAAGUACCUGCAGAAGCUAAAACAGGAGAAUGCACAGCUCGAGUUCACACGAAUAACAUGGACAAAACAAGCAAUGUUUCACAAGACUGCAAAAUUUUUCCAGCUACGUCAAAGGUACGACUUGCUACUGCUCCCUGUCUUGGAUGCUUCCAUCCUAUAUCAAGUGACAGUUCAGAAGUAUCAGAAAUUCUGAAACGAGCCAUUCAAAAGUUUAACAAGCACAGUGCUGAACCUGCCCUUUAUAAGCUUGUGGAAAUAAAAGAAGCUAAAAGACAGGUGGUAGCUGGGUGGAAUUAUGCAAUUAAAUAUGAAGUCGAGGAGACUAAUUGCUCCAAAGACCAAUUUCAAGAUUUAACUCCAGAGUGCAAAACCACUUCUAGAGAACGCAUAGGUAAAUGCGAUGCCAAAGGAUAUGUAAACCUUCACGGGCAGAUUGUAGAUGUUGCAACCCAGUGCAAGCUUCCAGUUGAAGACCCGGUAACUCAUGUCCUUUGCGCUGGCUGUCCAAAGCCUAUCCCAAAAGACAGUCCAGAACUGAAGGAACUACUGAAGGUUUCUGUGGAGAAGUACAAUUCGGAGAGCAAUGACGAUUUCUACUAUAAAGGAGAAAUAGAAGCAGCAACAGUUCAGGUGGUUGCAGGACAAAACUACCAUUUAACAUUUUCAAUCUGGAAGACAAACUGCUCAAAGGAAGAGUUUGAAGAACUUAAUGAUGACUGUGAAGCCACAUCAGACAGCGUAAGCAAUGACGAUGCUGCCAACU